AUGCAGAUUACUAAAACAAGAUCAAGAUCCCAAGUAGUGAGCCGCAGGGCUUGGCAGAUACUCCGGUUAGCAUUGUUAUGGGCUAGAAAAGGUGGAGUCUUUGUGGUGAAGAAAAGGCUCAUGCAUGAUUUAUCUCAUUUUGUCAAGAGCCAUGGUCAAUCUAAAAAGGGCAAUGGUGCACUCCAGUAUGGUGACAGGCAGCUAUCAUUUGAUGCAACUCCUAUCAUCCAUGUUAGGAUGCACCGCCCCAACUCGAUGCGCUUCCGCUUGCCUCACAUCCCCUGCAUUAACCCGCACGUUGAUUGUUCGGAUAUGUUUGAGUUUGAUGAUGAUAGUGUCCGGUACUCAUGUUGUGAAGCCAGAAAGAGUUUCUUGAUUGGUAAUGGUGAAGAGUAUAAUGAAGAAGAAGAUGAUGAUGAUGAUGAAUAUGACCAAAUGUGUGAGGAACAAGAAAUGGGAAUUGAUGUCAAGGCUGAGGAGUUUAUAGCCAACUUCUAUGAGCAGCUUAAGCUUCAAAGGCAACUCAACACAAGAAGAAUCCACUAA